CUAGCAGUGGGCUUGGACUGUUACACAUUUGAAAUAAGUGAACGGUAAUAAGAAAUCAACUGGAAAGAGGGCUCGAGUCUUAUAAAAGGUUCCUCGAGUGGAGACAAUGAUAAAAGAAAGAUGGAGGAGGAACGCCUAGUUAAGCCUUAAAACGAAUGAUGUCCCAAACUUUCCUCCUUUCUGACUGCACCUCCCGGUAAUCGUAGAGAAACUUUGAUAGCUUUAAAUAAUCUAGUUAUCGACAUCGUGAAGGAGAUUGUUGUGAGGGCGAGAAGCAAGUCUAUCAUGAAAUCGAGACGAAACUUUCGCUAGAUAUAAUAAAUUUUGCAGCCCCAGAUGGAGAAUGGUGAGAUUUCAUAGUGAAAGAGUAUAUUGAUUCAUUUGUUUUGUAUUGUGUAGGUCAUUGCAGAGAGCUUAUCUGAAGAAGAAAUUGCUGGACUCAAGGAAAUGUUCAAGAUGAUAGAUACUGACAACAGCGGCCAAAUCACAUUUGAAGAACUCAAAGCUGGAUUGAAAAAGUUUGGAGCUAAUCUUAAGGAGUCCGAAAUUUACGACCUAAUGCAAGCAGCGGAUAUAGACAACAACGGAACCAUCGACUACGGGGAGUUCGUAGCUGCCACAUUGCAUCUAAACAAAAUCGAGAAGGAAGAUCAUCUUCUAGCAGCGUUUUCAUAUUUCGACAAAGAUGGAAGCGGGUUCAUUACCCACGACGAGCUUCAACAAGCAUGUAAAGAGUUCGGGAUAGAGGAUCUUCAAAUGGAAGAAAUGAUGCGCGAGGUCGAUCAAAACAAUGACGGAAGCAUCGACUAUAACGAGUUCGUGGCGAUGAUGCAAAAAGGAAAUGUAGUGAAUACUGGCAAGAAAGGGCUACAAAGUAGCUUCAGCAUUGGCUUUAGGGAGGCUCUAAAACUCUAGUGUAUUAUGUAAAGGUAACAUUCAAGUUAGUUUCUUUAUUGUUCUUGCCUGCAAGUUAUUGCAGAGCAAGGAGCACGGCCGCUCGCCUGCUCGGGUUCGAUACCACGUCAUUCAUUUCGACCUCUUCGUUUUCCCCUCGUUCUCAACGAGUAUUCUUCACCCGAAUCAAACACAACACGUAAAAUACUAUGCAGAGGACAAGCCAUAUAUUUUUUUUCCUUUUUUUUCCCUUCCACUGUUUUGUAUGACUUCUGAUGAGAAAUGGGUUUGAAGCUUUUGGUCAUAUUUGCCUUGA